UGAUUGUCACUGUCUGGCUUCCUGUGAAAGGAAUCCUUUGGAGUAUUAGUUUAGUUUAAUGUCAAAGCUGAUGUUGCUGAGUUAUUCUGUGUUUUCUCACUUUAUCUUCAAAUGUCCAGCAAUACGGAAUUUGCUCCAUUGUUUUGUAAAGCUAUUUCGCUUCUUCAUUCUACUUCAAAGUCAUCUACUGACCAAUUAAAAAGUCUCCUAGAUGAAUAUCUAGCUCUUAAAACUGAUAAAAAUGUUACAAUCGAUUCUAUUAAGCCAUCUGAGAGUAAGAUUAAAGAGCCCCAAAAGAGACCGGCCAAGCCUCUUCCUGCCAUAGUAAAAGCAAAGAAAAAUAAAUCACACUCGUCACCAUCAUCACGCAAUCCCAGUCCUGAACCGGUAAAAUUAAAAAGUUCUCCACCUCAGAUUACUCCAGAAGAGCCUAUAUUAAAAGUAAAUAAAGAAGAAGAUUCAGAUGCUACUGACAUCGAGGAUGAAUCUACUGAUGUCGGCGACUUCGCUCUCGAAAUGGGUCUCGCUUGUAUUGUAUGCAAACAAUUAGAUUUUUCUCCUGGUAAUCAACCUGUUGAGUGCUCAGAAUGUCAUAAUUUGUACCAUCAAGAGUGUCAUAAACCCCCAAUAACUGACAGAGAUGUUAGCGAUCCAAGAAAUGUUUGGUAUUGUGCCAAGUGUACUAAAAAUAUGGAAAAAGCGUCGAAAAAGAGUGCUAGAGCAAAUAAUAAAAGUCCUAUUUUAACAAGCUCUGCAUCUUUUCAAUCAGCUGUGAACAGUGGCCGUGAAACGGCCUUUCAAUUGAUAAAGGCAAAAGCUGCUGAAAGUCACUCGUCAUCAACUGUCACCAGUAAUAUCAUGCAACCCUUUAAAAGGGUGGAGAUUAAAAUUCCCCAAUCACCUGGCUCAAGUGGUCCUGUUAAUCAAAAUCCAACUACACCCACCAAACCAAUUGGUUUAGCUGGUCUAGCUGCUAAUCUUAGUCGCAAUACAUCAUCCCCUUGUGUCUCAUCUCCAAGCACAGUUAAUAGCAAUCCAUCAAUAACAUCAUCAUCAUCAUCGUCAUCCAUACCUCCAUUUAAUUUAAAUGCAUCAAUAUCAUCAUCUUCAUCAACCACCAACUCGACAAGUUCAUCAGUCCCAUCAACAACUUCUGCUAAUUUAUCGAAAGCUGACAAAAGAAUUGCUCAGAUGAAGAAGAAAGCAGCAAAUAAAAAAAUGCUAUCAACUAGUAAAUAACAAACUAUGUCAAAAAAGGAUUAAAGCAAAUUCCAAAUUAUUUUCAAAUUUUUUAA